AUGGCUAAGGUGGAUGACGUGGGCGCGAUGCGGGCAAGAUGGGUGAUGCGGGAGAGGCGCGAACGAUGCGUGCGAGACGACGUGGGGCGAGAUGUGACGAACACGGGCGAUGCGGGUGACAUGAGUGAUGGGAAGGUGGGCGAGAUGGGUGAGUACCAGGAGGGCGAGAAGAUGGCGGACGCACUGACCAUUGCGGCCGUCACGUCAGCGAAGCAGCUCCACUUCAAGGGCGAGGAGACGUACCAGCAGAGCGGGAUCUUAGCCUACGUGGUCACGGUGGUGUGCAACGUGCGCGACGUGCUGUGGGUUGAAGCUGCACUUCGUCGCAACGGACAUGGCGUGGACGAGGCGGCCGCCAGUGCCCUGUGCGAGCACCCAUCACACGCCGUGCUUGUACGACAAGGUGCCCUUCGCGUGGCUGUCAAGCAUCUGGUCAAGUCUCGGGCCGUGUGUGUGGUGUUGAGCGUGUCGAUGCCGCGUAGUUCCAGCGAGAGUGCAAGUUGGAGAGGAGCUGUUCAGAAUGACAAGCGCCUGCUCGCGCGAUAUCUAGAUGUGACGCGGCGGACAGGCCUGCGCGCUUAG